AUGUCCAGAGAGCAUCUCCCAUUACGAUUGCCUCGGGCUCUUCGAAGAAAUCAUGAGAACCGAGAGGAGCUCGAGGAGGCGGCGGCCGCGGGCGGCGGGGUUGGGGCGGGGGCCGGCGGUGGCUGUGGCCCGGGGGGCGCUGACAGCUCCAAGCCGAGGAUUCUGCUCAUGGGGCUCCGGCGCAGCGGCAAGUCCUCUAUCCAGAAGGUGGUGUUUCAUAAAAUGUCACCCAACGAGACCCUCUUUUUGGAAAGUACCAACAAGAUUUAUAAAGAUGACAUUUCCAAUAGUUCCUUUGUGAAUUUCCAGAUAUGGGAUUUUCCUGGGCAAAUGGACUUUUUUGACCCAACUUUUGACUACGAGAUGAUCUUCAGGGGAACAGGAGCGUUGAUUUAUGUCAUUGAUGCACAGGAUGACUACAUGGAGGCUUUAACAAGACUUCACAUUACUGUGUCUAAAGCCUACAAAGUUAACCCAGACAUGAAUUUUGAGGUUUUUAUUCACAAAGUCGAUGGUUUGUCUGAUGAUCACAAAAUAGAAACACAGAGGGACAUUCAUCAAAGGGCCAAUGAUGACCUUGCAGAUGCUGGGCUAGAAAAACUCCACCUUAGCUUUUAUUUGACUAGUAUCUAUGACCACUCAAUAUUUGAAGCCUUUAGUAAGGUGGUACAGAAACUCAUUCCACAACUGCCGACUUUGGAAAACCUAUUAAAUAUCUUUAUAUCAAAUUCAGGUAUUGAAAAAGCAUUUCUCUUUGAUGUUGUCAGCAAAAUCUACAUUGCAACAGACAGUUCUCCUGUGGAUAUGCAGUCUUAUGAACUUUGCUGUGACAUGAUUGAUGUUGUAAUUGAUGUAUCUUGUAUAUAUGGGUUGAAGGAAGAUGGAAGUGGAAGUGCUUAUGACAAAGAAUCUAUGGCAAUUAUCAAGCUGAAUAACACAACUGUCCUUUACUUAAAAGAAGUGACUAAAUUUUUAGCACUGGUCUGCAUUCUUAGGGAAGAAAGUUUUGAACGAAAAGGUUUAAUAGACUACAACUUCCACUGUUUCCGAAAAGCCAUCCAUGAGGUUUUUGAGGUGGGCGUGACUUCUCACAGGAGCUGUGGUCACCAGAGCAGUGCCCCCAGCCUGAAAGCGUUGGCACACAACGGCACACCGAGAAAUGCCAUCUAGCCUGAAUCCCAGUGGCUGGGGCUCUGUGCCAGCUCAUUCUCCACUCCAGGGUCAGAUACCACGUGCUACAGGACAUGGGAGUUGUCACUUGUGGGAGACUGGUGCCUGUCCCACUAGAGACAAGGGGGAGAAUUUCUCAUUCGGAUGAAAACCCUUCAAGCAGUGGUGUGCAUCUGAAACUAUUUCUUUUUUAAAAAAAAUGGCAAAAAAGAAUUCUAGAGACCACAGAACUCAAGCGUGUCUUUCUCCUCUUUGAGGUCCUACUUUAAGUAAUUGGGAUAAUUUGGACCUGGACAUAACACCUCUUGCCUGUCCUUACCAGGGACUGUUGCCAUUAAUUGCCAGAUGGAAAUAAUAGAAAGGACCGAUUUUUUUUAUGCUUCCCUUAGGUUUUCAUUUGAGUAGUCUCUAAAAAUUCUGCCUUGCUUAAGUUCUAACACUGCCUCUAGGAUUUCACUUUUGGACAUUGCACACCUGAGACCUUUAAAUGCACAUGCUUGCUAACUCAGAAGACACCUGGUCUGACUGCAGCACAGGAUAUUCCUGUUUUUGUUACUGAAGACAUGGGAAGAUUUUACACUGCAUUAGGUCAAGAACAAGGUCAACAGUGGCUGCUGCAUUGGUUCCCUUGAAGUAUUGAGGAAGAAUCUUUAGAACCGAAGAAAAAUUUUGCACCUAUGUUUUGGGUACCAGACAUCUGGGUUCUUUCACCUGCAUUGGGUAGAUGAUCAUGAUCCAUGUAACAGAGGGAAUUUGAAAAAUUUGUUGUCCUCAGGAUCUUCCUUUCAUGGGAGAAACUCAUUGUAUCAUUGAAAUACUUAGUCCACUUUUCUUCACACCUGAUACCAGCCGCUACAUACCUUUUUUUCUAAGCUAUUCUUUUAAGAACUGCUGUUUUGUUGAACAUGAUGACCGUAAGGCACUGGUGGACUGUCCAUUUGGAGUUGCAGAGAGCACAUGGUGCCACAACAUGUGUCGUUAAACAUGCUUCUCCAGUAUUCUGACACCGAGUGUCGCCUGUGGUACUUUCUUUGCCUCCUAUGCUAAUUCCCAGUUGUUUCUUUUUGUUGAUGAUUGAUACCCGUUCCGUUGAUUUAAACUUAUUUUUACUUCACAUACCCGGUAGUCAUCUAUUCCAAAGCCACUGGACCACUUCAGUACAUAAGUGCCACUGUUUUUUGGAGUACACGUGUUCAGGUCUGUAACCUAACAGUGUGACUUGGAGUGCUUCCUGCGGAUGAUUCUGACUGUUGAGUAUUUACAUGGACCAUGGUGAUAUCCAAAAGAAAAAUGCUUUUAUAUUUAUAGAUUAUUUCAUUGAAUUAUAUAAAAUGGGUAUCAAUAAAUGUAUUUACUCCAAAAGCAGUUUUUAUUUGCCUAAGGUGUGCAAGGGUUGGGUGAUGCAAUGUUCAGUUGUCCCACUCUGUCAUUGUAUCUAUUUUGCUGCCUCAUUUGGCCAACAUACCUCUGUUUGAGGACAUAAGAGUCUGUCCUGUUUGCAGGAAUUUUGUACCUGGGUCUAGAUAUUUCUUAUGCUCAGGGUAGGAGAUGUGUGACUAGUUAAAAGUUAGCUUUUGGUUUUGGUGUUUGAUACCAACAAAUCUCACACAUGGGAAUAUUCAGCUCUUGGCUGGAUUAUAUCCAUGCCAAGGUUAGGGUAAAGAGAUGUGUUAAGUGAGCACCAGGUAAAACUUUUUGACUCCAGCUUGUUAUUCUAAUCAUAAAUCUAGUUUUUGUGUUGUUCAUUAUUGACCCUUAAAUGUCAGUAUCCUUAUGUGGUUAGGUUGGGUCUAAUCUGAUUGGGGUGAAUAUACACUAGUUUAUAGAAGGGAGAAAAGUAGAGAUUGAAAUAGUUUUAAUUUCAUAAUCUUAACUAUUUCAGAAAUUCAAUUUUAAAACUGAAGUGGAAAUCACAGAAAAAGAUUGGAAAAAACCCUUUAAAAUGCUUUCUACUACUGUUGUCUUUCUCAAAUCAUGGAUACCAGUCCAGAGGAGUAAAAGGUUAUAUAUGGGUAGAAUGCCCUUGUAACUUAAAACUCCAAAUCAGGUUAUAUCUAGCGUGAAAGGGCCAGAGCAUUAGGGGCAAAAUGGCCCAUGUGUGACCAACGUACUCAGAUCUAAUGAGGGCAGGGGGGCCGUCUCCUGGCUUGGCAGCCUGCUUUUCUCCACAGCCCCAAGCUCCAUUGGCUAAUUGGAGAUGAUACCUCAAGGUGAGUGUACUUGGGCACAUUACAUUGUUUCCUACAACUAAAUUGAAGUGGUGAAGGAGAAAAGGCGAAAGAUGGUUUAACAGAAAUAAAGUGAGGGAAGAACACAACUUAGAA